CGCUGCGCAGUCCCGCCCCUGCCCGCGGCUCCUGUUUCGGCUUCAGCUCGGCUCCGGCGGGAUCGAGGUCCGCACGCCUUUCACUACUGGCCCGGCUCUCCGGUCCCCUGCGCUUCCGACCCGGGCACUCGCCCCUCCGCGCGCAGGGAUCACCCGCCCGCCCCGCAUCCUUGGGGGACCGCCGGUCCUGCACCCUGGAGCGCCAGGCCGCGAGCCUCUACCAGCUCCUCGGGAUCCUUGCGGCCGUGGGCAGCGGCUGCGGCGCCUGUCCCCCUGCGGGAGGACCAUCGCUGCUGCACGUGCACAGUAACUCUGGCUGCACCUCGGAGCCCUCGGGUAACACGGCUCCCCCUGAAACAUGGCAGACGAAGACCUCAUCUUCCGCCUGGAAGGUGUUGAUGGUGGCGGGUCCUCCCAGACUGACCACGAUGGGGAUCCUGGUACAGACAGUGACGAUGACGAGGGCUACUUCAUCUGCCCUAUCACUGAUGAUCCCAGGUCCAACCAGAAUGUAAACUCCAAGGUCCAGAACUACUAUAGCAACCUAAUGAAAAAAGAGCAGUGUGUCUUUGCAGGGUCACCAGUUGGCUCCUUCCACUUCAAGGAAACGUGGAAGCAUGCAAUCGAGAAAGCCAAACAUAUGCCAGACCCCUGGGCAGAGUUCCACCUCGAGGACAUUACCACAGAACGUGCCACCCGGCACAGGUACAACGCUGUUACCGGGGAGUGGCUGGAAGAUGAGGUUCUGAUCAAGAUGGCGUCUCAGCCCUUCGGCCGUGGAGCAAUGAGGGAAUGCUUCAGGACGAAGAAACUCUCUACCUUCCUGCAUGCUCAGCAGUGGAAAGGGGCCUCCAACUACGUGGCAAAGCGCUACAUCGAGCCGGUGGACAGGGAUGUGUACUUUGAGGAUGUGCGACUCCAGAUGGAAGCUAAGCUCUGGGGGGAGGAGUAUAAUCGGCACAAGCCCCCCAAGCAGGUGGAUAUCAUGCAGAUGUGCAUCAUCGAGCUGAAGGACAGACCCGGCCAGCCUCUCUUCCACCUGGAGCAUUACAUUGAGGGCAAGUACAUCAAGUACAAUUCCAACUCAGGCUUUGUCCGUGAUGACAACAUCCGUCUAACACCACAGGCCUUCAGCCACUUCACAUUUGAGCGUUCCGGUCAUCAGCUGAUUGUGGUGGACAUCCAGGGCGUGGGUGACCUUUACACUGACCCACAGAUCCACACCGAGACUGGCACUGACUUUGGAGAUGGCAACCUUGGUGUCCGGGGGAUGGCUCUCUUCUUCUACUCCCAUGCCUGCAACCGGAUCUGCAAGAGCAUGGGCCUCGCACCCUUUGACCUCUCACCACGGGAACAGGACAUGGUGAAUCAGAAUACCAAGCUAUUGCAAUCAGCCAAGACCAUCUUGAGGGGGACAGAGGAAAAGUGUGGGAGCCCCCGCAUAAGGACCCUCUCUAGCAGCCGGCCACCCCUGCUUCUUCGACUUUCAGAGAACUCUGGGGAUGAGAACAUGAGCGAUGUGACCUUUGACUCUCUCCCUUCCUCCCCAUCUUCAGCCACACCACACAGCCAGAAAUUGGACCACCUCAAUUGGCUGGUGUUUGGAGACCUUGAUAACAUGGGGCCUAGAGACCAUGACCAUGUGGACAAUCACCGGGACUCUGAGAACAGCGGAGACAGUGGAUACCCAAGUGAGAAGCGGAGUGAGCUGGACUACCCCGAGCCCCGAGACCAUGGUCACUCCAAUGGUAGCCGAAGGCCUGAAUCUGACGAGGACAGCCUGGGUAGCUCUGGACGGGUCUGCGUGGAGACGUGGAACCUGCUCAAUCCCUCCCGCCUGCACCUGCCGAGGCCCUCGGCUGUGGCCCUGGAAGUGCAAAGGCUUAAUGCUCUGGACCAUGAAAGGAAAAUCGGGAAGUCUGUUUUGGGGAAGGUUCAUCUGGCCAUGGUGCGCUACCACGAAGGUGGACGCUUCUGUGAGAAGGAUGAGGAGUGGGACCGAGAGUCAGCUGUCUUCCAUCUGGAGCAUGCAGCUGACCUGGGUGAGCUGGAGGCUAUCGUGGGCCUGGGACUCAUGUACUCGCAGCUGCCCCACCACAUCUUGGCUGAUGUCUCUCUGAAGGAGACAGAGGAGAAUAAGACAAAAGGCUUUGAUUACUUACUGAAGGCAGCAGAAGCUGGUGACAGACAGUCUAUGAUCCUAGUGGCCCGAGCCUUUGACACUGGCCUCAACCUCAGCCCAGACAGGUAUCAAGACUGGUCAGAGGCCUUGCACUGGUACAACACCGCCCUGGAGACAACGGACUGUGACGAAGGUGGAGAAUAUGAUGGGAUACAGGAUGAGCCCCGGUACGCACUGCUGGCCAGGGAGGCAGAGAUGCUGUUCACCGGUGGCUACGGGCUGGACAAGGACCCGCAAAGAUCAGGAGAUUUGUAUACCCAGGCAGCUGAGGCAGCCAUGGAAGCCAUGAAGGGUCGGCUAGCCAACCAGUACUAUGAGAAGGCAGAAGAGGCCUGGGCCCAGAUGGAGGAAUAACUGGCCCAUCAAACCACUGCCAGCUAGAGCCAAGCAACAGGGUUGAAGAGAGCAGGGAAGGAUAGAACUCACUCAGUUUGGGAGGGGAGAAAUAUUUUUACUGCGCUAUCAAUACACUUUUGUAUUUUUUUUUCUUGUUGACUCUUAAUAAAGUCUUUGCUACUAGCAGAGCUCCUGUAACUGCCCCUUAGGGGUGGUAUUUGGGGGGAGUGGGUACUGAAGAUGCAGCCUGAUGAACCACCA